AUGGGCCUGGAGCUCUACAUGGACCUGCUGUCAGCGCCCUGCCGUGCCGUUUAUAUCUUUGCCAGGAAGAACUACAUCCCCUUUGACUUCCAGUUUGUGGACCUGCUGAAAGGUCACCACCACAGCAAGGAGUACAUUGAAAUCAACCCCCUGAGGAAGCUGCCCAGCCUCAAAGACGGAAAAUUUAUCUUAUCUGAAAGCGUGGCCAUGCUCCUCUACCUGUGCCGCAAGUACAGCGCGCCCUCCUACUGGUACCCGCCAGACCUGCACACGCGCGCCCGCGUGGAUGAGUUCAUGGCCUGGCAGCACACGGCCAUUCGGCUGCCCAUGAGCAAGAUACUCUGGAUCAAGCUGCUGAUCCCAAUGAUCACAGGUGAAGAGGUUUCAGCUGAGAAGACAGAGGAGAUAUUAACAGAGGUGAAUCGAAACCUGAAGCUGUUCGAGGAGAAGUUUCUGCAGGACAGGAUGUUCAUCACUGGGGACAACAUCUCACUGGCUGACUUGGUGGCCCUGGUGGAGAUGAUGCAGCCGAUGGGGGGCAACUACAAUGUCUUCCUUACCAGCUCCAAGCUGGCCGAAUGGCGCAUGAGGGUGGAACUAACCAUUGGCUCUAACCUCUUCUGGGAGGCCCACAACCGGCUGGUGAAGUUGGCAGAGUGGGACUGUUCAACAUUGGAUCCGAUGGUCAAAGACAGGAUCAGUGAGAUGCUGCGCAAGUUCACGUAG